AUGGAAUCUACUCAGGAAAAUACAGAGGAGGUGUACCUGUUCAACCGCAAUGAUUUUGAAAAGCAAAGAUUGAAUAAGCAACAUGAAUUGCUUGUGAGCCUCUGCGACGGGAACCUGCUUCACCCAAGUAUUCCAAAAGAUGCCAUUGGUAAACUUGCAGAGGUCGGAACGGGAUCAGGAAUCUGGUUAGAUGACAUCGCCACAGUACUUGGAUCUGACAUUGAGUCAUUUUCAAUGAAAAGAGAAUAUGCAGGAUUCGACAUAUCUGCUGUGCAUUUCCCUGCGAAUUUAAGACCUGAUACACAGUACAUUGUGCAUGAUAUUUUGGAGCCGUUUCCAUCCGAGUUCCAUAACUUGUAUGACGUGGUCCAUAUCAGGCUGAUGGUGCUGGCACUCAAGAAAGAUGAUAUCCAGACGGCGGCUGCGAAUGUUGCUGCAUUGUUGAAGCCCGGUGGUUUUUUCCAAUGGGAAGAAAUCGAGACGCGAGAUCUCUCCUUUAGCCCUCCCUCGGAAAUUACGAGCAAAGUCAAGGGGAUCAUGCGUGACUUAUCCAUGGCAUCCGGACUUACAAAUACUCCAUCGAUAGAAAUUGAGCGGGCCUUCAAAGAGUUAGGACUGGUAGACGUCAUUGUAGAAGAUUAUAACUCCAACAGAAGGCCAGACCUUACCAGUGGCGUGGCAGAGUGGACGAAGGCUGGUGCAAAAGCUGCUCUAUUUUAUGCUAUACUAAGGGGCCAAACUGUCAGGAAUGAAGAAGAAGCGCGGAGCGAGUCUGCUGAACUCUGGGAAGCUUAUGCGGCGGAGAUUGAUGGAGGUGUUGUGCCCAGCUUGCCGCUGAAGAUGAUUCUGGGAAAGAAGGCUUCCUAG